AUGGGAAAUUGUUAUGCAGCUCCUGUGACUAACCAUAGCCCGUCUACCUCAGGAAUCAAAAACGCUGCCGGGAAUAUUAGUGGCAAAACAAGUAGUGGAAUAACCCCAAAAAAUGCUAGCAAGGCAUUCGGCAAAGGCAACAGCAAUAAUAAUAUUGAAGAAGAAAGUGCAGCUCCUGAUGCAGCAGCUCCAAGGGAAAGUGUGGAAACUGAAGUACCAAAGUUGAAAGAGUUUAGUUUAGCUGAGCUGAAGAAGUGCACUCGAGAUUUCAGACCAGACACAAUACUGGGUGAGGGAGGUUUCGGUAGGGUUUUCAAGGGAUGGGUAAACGAGGACACCUAUGCUCCAUCCCGGGUCGGCAUCGGCAUGGCCGUUGCCGUCAAGAAGUCCAACCCCGAUAGCUAUCAAGGCCUCCAAGAAUGGCAGGCGGAGGUGAAUUUCUUGGGGAAGUAUCGUCAUCCAAACCUUGUUAGGCUGCUGGGAUAUUGCUGCGAAGAAAAUCAAUUCCUUCUUGUUUAUGAAUAUAUGCAAAAAGGAAGCUUGGAAAACCACCUUUUCAGAAAAGGUCAAGAACCACUCGGAUGGGAAUUAAGACUUAAGAUAGCAAUUGGAGCUGCACGAGGUCUUGCUUUUUUGCACACCUCAGAAAAAGUCAUCUACCGUGACUUUAAGGCCUCCAAUAUUUUGCUGGAUCUGGCCUACAACGCAAAACUUUCAGAUUUCGGGCUGGCAAAGGUGGGCCCAAUAAAUGGCAACUCCCACGUAACCACACGCAUCAUAGGAACUUAUGGAUAUGCAGCUCCGGAAUACGUCGCAACUGGUCACUUGUACGUAAAGAGCGACGUGUAUGGUUUUGGUGUGGUAUUAUUGGAGAUGCUAACAGGCUUAAGAGCCCUUGACAACAAUCGACCCUCUCGUGAGCAUAGUUUGGUGGAUUGGUUAAGGCCUUCUCUUCACAAGAAGAAGGAGCUAAAGAAAAUAAUGGAUCCAGGGCUUGGAGAUCAAUACCCAUUAAAAGCUGCCUGCCAAGCAGCUGAGCUCAUUCUAAAAUGCCUAGAAUCUGAUCCCAAAAACAGACCCUCCAUGGAGGAAGUUCUUGUAACUCUAGAAAAGAUAAAUGCCAUUAAGGAAAAGCCAAAAACUGCAAAACCCAAUGGCAGAGGACGGCCAGAUGUACGUUCAUCACCAUCACCCCAUCAUUAUAACCAUCAUCUUCAUAGGUCUCCAAACUUUGGUCCACGAGGAAUGUAG